AUGAUUCGGCGUCUAGGUCAUCAUCCGCAGGUUCGAAGCUGGCAGCGCAUUUGUCUUGGAUUUAACAAGUACUAUCCCCCGGAUUAUGACCCUGAGAAGCAUAAGAGCUUGAACGCCUAUAGAGGCAAGCACGCUCUCGGUGACAGGGCUCGGAAGAUCGACCAAGGUGUUCUAAUUACGCGCUUUGAGCUACCAUUCAAUAUUUGGUGUGCAACAUGCGACAACCACAUCGGAAUGGGCGUGCGAUAUAACGCCGAGAAGAAGAAAAUUGGAAGCUACUACAGCACGCCCAUAUAUUCGUUCAGAUGUAAAUGUCAUCUAUGCAGUGGCUGGUUCGAGAUUCAGACGGAUCCCAAGAACACACGAUAUGUUGUGGUGUCCGGGGCUAGACAGAAGGAAGAAGGGUGGGACCCAGAAGAGAAUGGGGGUUUUGCAGUUCACGAUACGGAAAGCAAACAAGGUACCGAAGAUCCCCUUGCUGCGCUCGAAAAGACGACUGCUGCACAGGAUCACAUGAACCAGGUUCAAAUACCCCGCCUAGAGGCGCUACAGAACCUCUCAGACCACUAUGGCUCAGAUCCAUACACCCUGUCGAAGAAAGCCAGAAAACGCUUCCGGGAGGUGAAGAGGGUUGAAAAAGAGAAACAGGCGGAGGAGAAUGAGCUUAAAGGGCGGUAUGGCCUACCUGAAGAGCUCAAGCUUACGAGGAAUAGCAAGGAAACUGAGGAGCAAGACCGCGAAGAGUGGCGGAAAGCAAGAAGGGAGCUGGAGGAAAGGGAAAAUGCAAAGCGGCAACGACUGGAGACUCCUUCUCGACACUCUAUCAGGCCCCUACUGUCCAGUUUAAGGACAGCUUCCGGAUCUCGUUCUUUGAGCAGCCAGCCCAGUGCUGCUGAGCUACUCAGAGCGCGGAUACAAGUGAACUCGGGACAUCGGAAGCUUCCUGGAUCAAAGUAAUAACCCCCCAAAUUGCCAUUCUAUGGACUGUGUUUCUACGCCGUUGUACCUAAAUUGUCGUACCGUUUUCAUUCCUCUACCUACGCGGUCCUAAGCUGGAUGCCUCCGGGUAAACUCAUGUAUCAAUUUAUGAGUGCGUAGAAUAUUGUAACGGCGCCAAUUGCAAAUGUUGUGCGCCAAUUUUGGCGGCCGC